GCAGUGCGCGGAGCGCCGGGAAGCGUGGCGAGCGGCAGCGCCGGCGCCAGUGGCGACAGGAGCAGCGCGACCGGCAAAAAUACACAAGAGGCCGGGGCCGAAGAGAGCCCGCGGUCCUCUCCCGUAAACACACUCCCUUCCAGCGCCGCCUCCCCCUCCGCGCCGCGCGCUGUCCGGCUGGGCUUCCGAGGCCGCUCUGACUGCUAUGUGACUGCGAGGCUGCGGGAGAAAGGGGGCCGAGAGAAAAGACUCGCCCGCGGGAGCGCCUGGGGACCACGCUUGCGGCCACUUCUGCGGGCGUCCCCUCGUAGCCCGCGCCCGCCCCUUCCUGCAGCCUAGGCGGCCCAGGUGGUUUUCUCUUUCUCGAGCGCCCAGCCGCCUCGGUUCCCGGCGACCAUGGUGACGAUGGAGGAGCUGCGGGAGAUGGACUGCAGUGUGCUCAAAAGGCUGAUGAACCGGGACGAGAACGGCGGCGGCGCGGGCGGCAGUGGCAGCCACGGCGCCCUGGGGCUGCCGAGCGGUGGCAAGUGCCUGCUGCUGGACUGCAGACCGUUCCUGGCGCACAGCGCGGGCUACAUCCGAGGCUCGGUCAAUGUGCGCUGCAACACCAUCGUGCGGCGGCGGGCUAAGGGCUCUGUGAGCCUGGAGCAAAUCCUACCCGCCGAGGAGGAGGUGCGCGCCCGCCUGCGCUCCGGCCUCUACUCAGCGGUCAUCGUCUACGACGAACGCAGCCCGCGCGCCGAGAGCCUCCGCGAGGACAGCACCGUGUCGCUGGUGGUGCAGGCUCUGCGCCGCAACGCCGAGCGCACCGACAUCUGCCUGCUCAAAGGUGGCUAUGAGAGGUUUUCCUCCGAGUACCCAGAAUUCUGUUCUAAAACCAAGGCCCUGGCAGCCAUCCCACCCCCGUUUCCCCCCAGUGCCACAGAGCCCUUGGACCUGGGCUGCAGCUCCUGUGGGACCCCGCUACACGACCAGGGGGGUCCUGUGGAGAUCCUUCCCUUCCUCUACCUCGGCAGUGCCUACCAUGCCGCCCGGAGAGACAUGCUGGACGCCCUGGGCAUCACGGCCCUGCUGAAUGUCUCCUCCGACUGCCCAAACCACUUUGAAGGACACUAUCAGUACAAGUGCAUCCCGGUGGAAGACAACCACAAGGCGGACAUCAGCUCGUGGUUUAUGGAAGCCAUAGAGUACAUUGAUGCGGUGAAGGACUGCCGCGGGCGCGUGCUGGUGCACUGCCAGGCGGGCAUCUCGCGCUCGGCCACCAUCUGCCUCGCCUACCUGAUGAUGAAGAAGCGGGUGAGGCUGGAGGAGGCCUUCGAGUUCGUCAAGCAGCGCCGCAGCAUCAUCUCGCCCAACUUCAGCUUCAUGGGGCAGCUGCUGCAGUUCGAGUCCCAGGUGCUGGCCACAUCCUGUGCCGCGGAGGCAGCCAGCCCCUCGGGACCCCUGCGGGAGCGAGGCAAGACCCCCGCCACACCCACCUCCCAGUUCGUCUUCAGCUUUCCGGUCUCGGUGGGUGUGCACUCGGCCCCCAGCAGCCUGCCCUACCUGCACAGCCCCAUCACCACCUCUCCUAGCUGUUAGAGCCGCCCUGGGGGCCCCAGAACCAGAGCCGGCUCCCAGCAAGGGUGGGACGUGUCGCGUGCGGGCAGAAAGUCGGGACUGAGCAGCUGGGAGCAGGCGACCGAGCUCCUUCCCCAUCAUUUCUCCUUGGCCCACCACGAGGCCAGCCAGAAUGGCAAUAAGGACUCUGAAUACACAUUAAAAGCAAACAGAACACUCCAACUUAGAGCAAUAACGGCUGCCGCAGCAGCCAGGGAAGACCUUGGUUCGGUUUAUGUGUCAGUUUUACUUUUCCGAUAGAAAUUUCUUACCUCAUUUUUUUAAGCAGUAAGGCUUGAAGUGACGAAACCCACAAAUCCUAGCAAACGUGCCCAACCAGUUUUACUAAAGGGGGAGGAAGGGAGGGCAAAGGGAUGAGAAGACAAGUUUCCCAGAAGUGCCUGGUUCUGUGUGCUUGUCCCUUUGUUGUCGUCGUUGUAGUUACAGGAAUUUUUUUUUAGAAGAAAUCUUUGAGGACGUGGUUUUCAUUUCUCAGUCACCAACAGGUGAAUUAUGACGCUUAAUAAUAAAGUAUUUAUUAAGACUUUCUUCAGAAUCUGUAAGUACAAGAAGUCUAGUGACAGUGGAAUUAGAAUAUAUUAAUAUUGAUGUCAGACAGCUGAGCACAUAGCAUGCAGAUGUCAGAGCAGUUAGAAAGUCAAUGGUGUGUUGUAGGUGUGGGCAAGGUAGCAUGAUCAGCACCUUGUGUUUGUUGCCAGUGAGAAGCAGGCAGGGUCCGGGGGAGGAGGAAGAAAGAAAAGGAUUAGGCUUGAAUUGCCUUUUUGUAAAAAAGAGACAGGAUCUCGAUAUGUUGCCCAGGCUGGUCUCAAACUCUUAGGCUCGAGAGAUCCUCCCACCUGAGCCUCCCGAGUAGCUGGGGCUGCAGGUGCGUGUCACCAUGACCAACGUGAAUUGCUUUUGAAGCUGGUUCCUGGGCAUGUAGGCCACUAAAGCAAUUUUAGACCACAGUAAGACAACCUUUUUUCUCUCCAAUGAUCACUUUGGUGGUGGGAGCAUUUUUUGCCUAAAUCUGCCUAAGACUUGUCUAUCGUCUGUGAUUGAUGCCAUAUCACAACAAAGGUGCUCCUUGAAAAUCGGGUGCCAUUCAAAUUUUCCUACAGCAAAUCAUUCGGCAAGGCCAGCCAUUGGGGAAUCCAGACAACUAGAGAUAAUCCUGAAAUGAAUCCUUUUGUAAGUGGAAGCACUAUCUUUUCUUUUUUGCAUAAAUUGGAGGUUUUUAUUUUAGGGUGUUACCUGAAGUGAAAUAUACCAACAAAUUCUUGUGUUCUUUAAAUUCCUGGUUAGGUGAAUAUUUUUGAAUAAAAUGAUGAAGACACCACCCCAGGGUCACCUAAAAUAUUCACCUAAAAGAUUUUGAAUAAAAAGAGGGGAAUGCAUACCACAUUUCAGGUCUCCUCGAAGUGUGGAAGGACAAGGGAGCAUCAGUGAACUGAUUGUGGAUUGCUUAUAUCAGGUUCCAUUGGUAUGAAUUUCCCAAACUGGAAACCAAAGGGCCAGGGUGGGGUCGGGGCUGAUGGCUGGGUGAGGGGGCUGGCCACUGGCUCCUGUGAUGUGCAUCAUGGGCACGUGGGUGCCAUUUUGAAUCCUUACUUGGGCCUUUCUAAAUAAGGACUGGCUUUGGAGGGAGAAACAUUUUCUGUGGGGAGGGUUUGGGGAGGAGGGAUGAGGGAACAAGCUACAUGCUAUUUUGUUUGUAGUAUUGUGCAACAGUCUUGUUAUGGAGUGCCAGAUUAGAGGUUAUUGCAAACUUGUCUAGAAGUGAGAGCAUGGUUUUUUUUUUUUUUUUUUUUUAGCCCUUUGAGAGUCUACAUCUAAUGGACAUUCUUGCUCACCCAUAAAUAACAUCAAGCCUCAAUGUCACCAUCACAUUGGGAUGCUCUUUCUCAUCUGGCAUCCUAGAUAGGACCAGGUUGGUUACCUUUCCUUCCAUGAACCUGUCAUGGCAUCAUUCAUCUUGACUUCACUAAGCUCUGCCUGUGAAUGAGGCCAGAGCUCCCACUGGCGAUUUUAAGACGAGCCAGAGGCUCCCUGCUUCCUCUGGGAAUAACAGCUGAAGUGUGGAGGGGUUGGGUUCCCGGACAAUGGAACAAUUUAGAGAACACAGUUGGACAUUCCCAACUUUUCCUUGAUUCCUGGAAGUCCAGUGGGUUCUGCAGCUAACAAAGACCUUGGUCCCAGCAGCAGAGAGACAGGACAGAAGGCAAGAAGGGAAGGUAACCUGCAGAACAGAUUCAGUUUUUAUAGAAUGAGUGCACAUUUGCCAAAAUUGUCCUGCUUUCCCAGACUGGAUUCCCACCAUGGGGACAGUCGGAACUCAGGACUAGCUCCAGUGACAUCUUUCCUCCCUAGUCUUCUAUCACAGUGUCAAAACAGCUAUUUAUAAAGCCAUUUUCUUUGUGCUUGAUAACAGCACGAGUCUCAAAACUUUUAGAAAUAAAAUAGGACACUUGCUUGAUUGGAAAGGAGGACUUUUUAAAAAUUGUUUUUUCGUCAGAAGUCUUUUGGAUGACUUACAAUCGCUCUGAUGAAGACACCACCCCAGGGUCAGUCCAAAAGGUCAACGACUUUCAAUCGGCAUCCAUCCUUCCUGUGAAGGGAUUCUACUGAUGGGAAAUUUCUGUAAUGACAGAAAAGCAUUGCCCCUCAUUGAUUAUCAACUUUGCUAUCAGCCAUGAAAGACAGAAUGCUCAUUGGGUAUUCUGUAGAGAGUGAGGAAUGCUGCCCAUUCCCUCCCAGAAUGUCUGAUCCAGGGAUGUGAGUGGAGGAGCCUUGGGGGAAAGGGACCAAGCUUUCCCACAGAGCAUUAUUCGGCCGAAGCGGAGGUGAGCAGGUGACUGACUGGUAGGUCCCAGCUCCCGUUAUUCCCUCCCGAGGCCAUUUUGCUCAGUUGCUCAUUCCAGCUGGAUUCCAGAGAGUUUUCUAAUUUGGGAAGCCAUAGAAAAGUUUUUACAUUGUGGGAAGAUGCAGAGAGGGAGGUAGGAUGGUUGAUUUAGGCAGGAUGUUGAGAACUGGCCACCAAUCAAGCCUGUGGUAGUAAAGCCAUGGCUCCAUGUUGGAAUUACCUGGGGAACUUUCACAAUUCUGAUACUCAGGCUCUCCUAGAUCAGUUCAGCCAGUUCUAAUGGUGGGGUUGGGGGGAGCUCAGGCAUCAGUGUUUCGAAGCUCCCUGGGUACUUUACCUUUGCAGCCAAGCUCGGGAAACUGCCAUGCUUUCUGGAUGUCAAGGCGCUGUUGGAGGCUGGGUGUGACAGCACAAAGAGCCAGACUGUCCUGUGGAAAUCACAGCCAUGGUUUGCCACUGGCUCAGCAUGGUCUCACCACCAAUCCCAGCCCGGCUAAGGGACAAGAUGGUUUCUCUUGGGAGCUCCUGACUGGAACACCCUUCCAGGCUUUUCGAAAGCCAGAUAAUCUGUGGAGCCUUGUUAUGGGACUCAAUACAGUGCCUGGAUGUUGAUGUUUUUCCUUGAGGCUGUCUUGUCCAUCAAUAAAGAUGGAGGAUGUCUCCACUUUGAACCCCGCUUCCCCACCAAUACCCUCUCUCCCUUAGAGUUUACGAGUCAUUCAAGGAAGAGACUUCUUAAAGACAGCAAUGCAAUUCUUGUAACUUGUGUAAAUAGCCCCAUCUUUCAGAGUGAUGUCAUUUCUACAUUUGAUAUGCCUGUAUUUCUGUAGGAUGUAUAUAGUUCAGGGGAUUUUUGUUUGGUUUUGUUUUUUAGAAGUCAAUAUGUCUGGUUUUAUUUAUUGCUUGAAAAAGAUCAUUUAAAAAAAAUAAAUACAUUUUCAACCA